AUGGGGAAAUCAAUCUCCCAGCACGUGCUGCCUGAAUAUGAAGUCAUCCACUUCAUCCUGUCAUAUGAGGCUGCAGAGGCUGAGCUCCCGCAUCUGCUUGCAGGUCGCGAUCCUCAGUCUCGGAGCCCCAAUGAGAUCGGAACCCACGAUUACAACCGGCCUCCUCGCGCCGUAAUCUUCGGUCGCGGCUAUGAGCCUCAACAGGUUGAAGAGCUUAAGAAGAAAUACGCGGGUGUUGCUAAAGAACCUGUUGCUUGGGUGAGGGGCAACCCAGCGGAUCUCCCUGCCGGGGCCGCUGGACCUGACUAUGCUCAGAAUAUCGCGGCGAAUAUGAAGAAGGUGCUUAAUAAAUGGAGGGACGGGGGAGGAAAAGAUGAGGAGAUUUUGGUGUACUAG